AUGAAGGAAACAAAUUCUAGCCACCCGAAAGAUUUUAUCUUACUAGGCUUCUCUGACCAACCCCAACUGGAGACGGUUGUCCUUCUGGUCAUCUCUGUCAUAUAUGUUUUGACACUGAUGGGCAAUACAGCAAUCAUCCUGGUCUCAUACCUAAACUCUAAGCUCCACACACCCAUGUAUUUCUUCCUCUCUAAUCUUUCUUUCUUGGACCUCUGUUUCACUACCAGUAUUGUGCCACAGAUGCUUUGGAACCUCAAGGGUCCUAAGAAGACCAUCACCUACACUGGUUGUGUGAUCCAGCUCUAUGUUGCUUUGGGACUGGGCUCCACAGAGUGUGUGCUCCUGACUGUCAUGGCCUAUGACCGCUUCAAUGCUAUCUGUCGUCCCCUCCACUAUGGUGUUAUCAUGCACCCUAGGCUUCUCAGGCAACUUGCAGCUGUGGCCUGGAUCAGUGGUUUUGUGGAGUCCACAGUUCAAACCAUCCUUGUUUUCCAGUUACCUCUCUGCAGCCACCACAGGGUGGAUGAUUUUAUGUGUGAGGAGCCUGCUCUGAUUAAAAUUGCCUGUGUGAACACAACCUUUCUGGAAAAUGAGCUUUCCAUAGCUAUUGUCCUCUACGUGGUUAUUCCUCUGGGACUUAUCCUGGUUUCCUACGGCUGCAUUGUCAGGAGUGUGCUGAAAAUAAAAUCUGCUGAAGGCAGGAGGAAAGCAUUUGGGACCUGUGGGUCUCAUCUUAUUGUUGUGGUUUUAUUCUUCGGGACCAUCAUCUCUGUCUACAUUCAACCCAAGAGCAAGCUCACACAGAAUCACAGUAAAUUCCUCACCCUCUUCUACACUGUAGUGACACCUUCACUAAACCCCCUGAUCUACACCUUGAGAAACAAAGAGGUUAAGGGGGCUUUAAAAAAAUUACUGGUAUGGGACCCAAGUUAG